GAGUCAGAAGCAGCACUUAAGUUUAUUAGGUUUCCAAUCCUCUUAUGAUGAGACUCGCGCACCGCUCGUGAUUGGAGGCUCCCGUAUCCGGAUAUGAGCGUCAGUCAAUCAGCAUCAAGCGCCACACGCUGCAGCUUUGGGACAAGAGCAGACUGUCCAAACUGUCAGACGCUGACUCUGAUGGGUUAGUCAGUGAGAUGAACCUGUCGGGCGGCGAACACCUGGCGAGCUGAACCAAAAGUUGCGCACUAGACUUCACCCGCAAUGUAACUUUUAGUGCCGUGAAAUAAUUAUGCAAGACAACAAACCGGAUUACUUUUAUCAGCGGAAUCCCAAGGACAUCAUGUCUUCUGCUGUCCCUCGAUCAGGAUUUGUGGUCUUCUGCGUGAAUCAUCAUGGAGAAAAGGCUGGCAGCAUGUGUGAAUAUAUUUCCUCGUACUGCCACUAUGUACUACUGGAAAGGUGAGAUUAGGGAUGCCACAGAAAUACUACUGCUUGUGAGGACAAAAACAUCUCUUGUGCAGAGACUUAUGACUUAUAUCACAGCCAUCCACCCAUAUGACAUCCCAGAAAUCAUCACUUUUCCCAUUAAUGAUGGAAGCCAGCACUACUUGAAGUGGAUAGCAGAAGCAGUAACUGACAGUUGACUUCUCAAUGUCCCACAAUGUCUUCUGUGGGAACUCAGUUUGCAGAAACAUAAAGGGAUUAAUGGAGCACAUGCAAGCACAAAUUCUCAGGUUAAUGAAAACCCUGGACCUUACAGAAAAAAACGAUAAAUGAAUGUUAUUAAUAUGAAGAUCACGGUAUACAUUUACUGGAUGAGUUUUUAUGGAAAGAGAUUUUUCUGAUGUGGUUACACUAGUCCAUUUAUGCAUUUAGCGGAUGCUUUUCAUUCAAAUAGAGGAACAAUAGCAACUUGCAAUUAUUGCAACAUUAUCCACAGUUUACAAAACCAUGUUUGUCAGACAAACUUAAGCAGGGAAAUGCACAGCAAAAAGUGAUUUAAUAAAGAAAAAAAGAAAAAGAAAAAAACAUUUUGACAAUUUCAAGAUGAGUCUUUUUUAAAAUGGUCUGUUUCAGUGACCUGAGAUAUUGCAUAUACAGUAAGUUAUGCAUACUUAUGUACUACUUAAUCAUUUGUAUAUUUAUUGAUUCUUUGAUUGAUGUGAACAGCUUUAUAAUAAUAAUUAGAACUUAAUUUAACACUAAAACAAUUUACUGUUUAUUAUAUUUACAAUUUAAUUGUUAAAAUAUGCUCAUUUGUAUAAGGUACCUUAUGUCCAGUUGUUUGGUCGUUCCAAUGUGGUGGUUGGGCAGAUUUUUAUUUAUUUUUUUUUGUUUGUUUCUCAAAUAAUACAUUAAUAUAACAAAUUUUUUGUUUUUUCAACUUUGACUACAUGAAUUGAACAUUAUUGAAUGUGCUACAGUAUGUUUGUUGAUGAUUUUUAUUGUAUUAUGCUGUAAAUGUUGAUUCUCACUAUUGUAUAAACGUGAAUGUGGGGAAAAUGAAAUAAAAACACACUGUGUACCUGAACUUUA